GGUGCUCGGAUGGGUGGAGCGGGAUGAGGCGGGGCCAGGGCCGAAGCCAGCCCAUAAAAGCUUCCCGUGUCUUCUGCAAGCUUCCAGUUGAGCUCGUGUGAAAUUGGAGCUGCGACCCACUGAAAUCGUCUGCGCCUUCAGGAAAAAUGUUCCCACGGCGCGUCACACCGCUUCCGACAGUGCUCCCAACACUGCUCCCGCUGGUAACUCUUGCCGCGCUGAGCCUGUCUGCUCCACUUGCACUUCCUGACAAAAGUGCGGCGCUGCUCGCUCCCCUUGAUGGAAAAGCGACAAGACAAGCGGUGACGUCACUGCCAGCUGCCGCUGAGUCCGGCGACACAUCUAAUUCUCCAGAUGGCGACGACUCCCAAGGACAAGCCCAAGCACAACCAAACAAUGAGGAUCUUUACCGAAUGGACCGUGAAGGUGCAUCUGAUGCUCCGGAUUCAGACUGCUUGGGCAACUUCCAAGAACUUUUACCAAGGGCCCUUUGGAAAAAGCCUAGCCAAACGUAUGGAGCUGCUGAAGGCCCUGCCGUGUCAGUUACAGAAAGCAAAGAGUCUGCUGAAUCUGCAGGUUACAUAAAGUCACACGGGUCCGCAGAGUCAUCAGAGUCUGUGGAUAUACAAGAGUCCGUAGAGUCAUCAGAGUCUCCGGAUAUACAAGAGUCCGCAGAGUCCGCAGAGACAUCAGAGUUCGUGGAUAUACAAGGGUCUGCAGAGUCAUCAGAGUCAGCAGAUCUACAAGAGUCCACAGAGUCAUCAGAGUCUGUGACUAUGCAAAAGUCCACAGAGUCAUCAAAGUCUGUGGCUCUGCAAGAGUCCGCAGAAUCACACAAGUCUGCAGAAUCAGCAGAGUCUGUGGCAUCACUAGAAUCUGCUGAAUCAUCAGAGUCAGCUGAAUCAGCUAAGUCUGCAGAGUCAGCUGAGUCAGCAGAAUCAUUCGAGUCUGCGGAGUCGCCAGAGUCUGCUGAUUCAGCAGAGCCCAAGGACUCACCAGAAUUAACAGAGUCCCGAGAGUUGACGGAAUUGCUCUACUCUGUGAAAUUCUCCCAAUUGGAAAUGGAGUCAAGUUCAGAGGCGGGCAAGGACAGUGAAAAGAAGACGAGCAGUGAUUCUGAGCCAGGGGACACUAUUGACGACGGCGGCAAUGGGCUUGACCCGAUGGCUGCAUUCGGCUUGGAGGACGGAGACGCGAUGGAGGAGGAGGAGAUCAGAGAGGAAGAUGAAACCUCUUCCAAGGAUGACAAGGGAUCUGAUGCAAAUGUUGGCACGGCGGACGCUGAGCUUGGCGUGGACGACAUCAAGGCGGGGAAUAAUGAUCAAGACCCCAAAGAGAGCUCCCAAAUCUUUGACUCCACUGAGGCAACUCUUGUCGAGAAGUCGGACGCGACACCCUCCCACCUCAGGGAGUGACUUUGAGCACCGACUAAGAGGAAGAAAGCAUAAGCGUGGGACUGCCUGGCAUACCUUGACCGUGAUGACUUCCCAUAUGGAUGGCUUGUGUCUUUGAGGCCUUUUCAAGUGUUCCGAAUGAACAUGUACAUACGCGUCUAUCGUGUCGCGAUCGUAGUCAAUAUUGGCCAAUAAAGUUGGAAUAGUCACG